AGUAACAUUUUGCUGUCAUGGUUUUAAGAGUAACCUCACAAUAUAGUAAAGCACUUUAAACACCAGCACGACAUUUGAAGGGCACUUUAAGUUGUCUUUACUAUAAGGGUCAUGCAUCUGCAAAAUCUGACAUUAAAGUAUUUGUGGUUUAUAGCCAAGCACGUGUUAGCUUCUAUUAACACCCUUGUACUUCCGUUAUGUUUCAUUAAAGCGUGUUAAACUUAGAGCAUAAAGCAACCAACAUAAACAGAGCUACACAAGACAAGAAUAUCAUUCACCAUUAGCAGAGUUGGUGCUAUAAUAUAAAAGACUAGAUACACCUGAUAUCAUUAACCGUAAAUCAACAUGAUCAGGACUGAAUCACAGGGAAUGAAUGAGAGAGUGGAGAUGAUGGUGGAUAUUUACGAGAGCGCAGCUUCUGUGAGAGGUCAUGACUUAACAGAUACAAACACACAACAACCAUUACAGCAUACAGGAAGUGAGUGUGUGAUGAACAGAAGUUACAGAUCAGUUACAGUGUGUUUGGUGCUGCUGUGUGUUCUUCUACUGACUGCAGUCAUAGUGCUGUGUGUCCUCAUCAAUACAAACAAUCAACAAGACCAGCUACUAACCAAAUAUACCAACAUCACAGAAGAGAGAGACCAGCUACUAACCAAAUACAACAUCACAGAAGAGAGAGACCAGCUACUAACCAAAUAUACCAACAUCACAGAAGAGAGAGACCAGCUACUAACCAAAUAUACCAACAUCACAGAAGAGAGAGACCAGUUACUUACCAAAUAUACCAACAUCACAGAAGAGAGAAACCAACUAAUUAAACAAAAUGAAAAGUUAAAUCAAGACAUCAAAAAACUGUGGAAAUGUCUGAAUACAACAGAUGGAUGGUUUUACUAUCAAUCCAGUUUGUACUUCAUUUCUUCUGAGGUGAAGAACUGGAAUGAGAGCAGAAGAUACUGUAGAGAGAGAGGAGCAGAUCUGAUCAUCAUUAACAACAAAGAGGAACAAGAUAUUACUAAGAUUUCUGGCAGAGAAAACUUCUGGAUUGGUCUGACUGACAGUGAUAAGGAGGGCAGAUGGAAAUGGGUUGAUGGCAGCACACUGACCACUAGCUUCUGGGCACCUGGGGAUCCCAGAAAUGAUAAAGACUGUGUUCAGUCAAAUUCAUCAGUAUGGAUUACUUACACUUGCGAUGCCAGGUUUUACUGGAUCUGUGAGAAGACUUGUUUGUAA